AAAGAGCCGAAGAACGAGUAGCGAUUCGGUCGUACGAUCAUCGUUUUUGUUUCCGUCGUCCUUUUCUUCGAAGAAUUGAGAUCGAUUUCAUUAUCCUUUUAACGAACGGGAAAAUACAGGAGAGAGGAUACUUGGAUAUGAAGUUAUCAGGAAUGGAUUGGUAGCAAUGCUCACCGAUAUCGGUGAACGAGGAUAUGGAUACUUGGCGCACUUCCGUUACGUUUUACUCGCCUAUCUAUCGUUGAGAGAAGGAGGGAAAAGAAAAAAAAAACAGGAGAAACAAACGUCGAGGAGGAUGCGCGUGGUGUUGUGAGAUAGAAGAGAGAAAUUCCGUGGGUUGAAGGAGGCCUUGCCAACCCACCUUUAAGGAAUGUGAGUUAGAUGAAGGAUUCAAGAUAGUUCCACCGUUUGGUAUCAUGUCAGAUGGAGUCGAUGGUGGCGGCGGGGAAAACGAGGUAGACUCUCAUUCCUCUUCGCAUGCAGAGGCUGGUGAUUCUUCUAAUCAUAGAGAAGAAGAAGCAUUGGAUCCAGACAACGAAGCAGCUCUUAAUACUAAUUAUGAUAGUAGUGAUGGAGCUGUUCCAGCAUUUAGAUGCGAUCGCUGUGACAAUUAUGAAACUAUAAAUAAAACAGCAUUUUGUGCUCAUCAAGAUCAGUGUCUUGGAAGUGGUGAACCAGGAGAAAGCGCAGAAGGUAUCGAUGGACCUGAAAACGAUGGAGAUGGAGACGAGGGUCAUUCGGGUUUACGAACCCACAGAAAAAUAUUUGAGUGUGAUGUUUGCAAUAUGAAAUUUUCUAAUGGAGCUAAUAUGAGAAGGCACAAGAUGAGGCAUACAGGUGUAAAACCAUAUGAGUGCCGAGUAUGUCAGAAAAGAUUCUUUCGAAAAGAUCAUCUUGCAGAACAUUUUACCACUCAUUCAAAAACUUUACCAUAUCAUUGUCCAAUAUGUAAUAGAGGUUUCCAAAGACAAAUUGCCAUGAGGGCGCAUUUCCAAAAUGAACAUGUAGGACAACAGGAUAUGGUUAAAUCAUGUCCAUUAUGUAGUUAUCGAGCAACAACAAUGAAAUGUCUUAGGUUGCACUUUUUUAACAGACAUGGAAUAGAUUUAGAUAAUCCAGGACCAAACAGUUCAACUUCAAUAUUAAAUAGUUGCACACCUGGGGAAGCCAUGCCAUCUGCUCCCCUAUCCGACAGUGGUGAUAGUACUGGCAAUAGAUCAGCGGACAACGCAACUCCUCCAAUGCACUUUCUUACUCCUCACGUUGAAAUAUCCAUUCCUUACCCAGAACAAACUACUAAUCAACGGAAUUCAAGUCCUGCUCCACUAAAUGGUGAUAGUCCAAAUAGUCCACAAAGUGCAGAUAGCAAUAGUAAUGCUCCAAGCAGUAGUCAUCAUCAAUUACCUAUUAACAGUAGUGGCAUUCAUAGGAAUGUGGGUGGUGGAGAAGAAGCUAUCACACCUUCAAUCUCUUUAAUUCCUAUCAAACAAGAGCCAAAUAGCAAUGGUAUGGAAGAUAGUGGAGCAACAUCUAGCAAUCUUUCAUUGCCAUCGUUAAUCAAGGUCUCACCAUUGAAGACACUAUUACGAGAUGAUCUAUGUCGUAAACUUUCGACAAGUUGCAGUAACAAUAAUAACACUAAUAAUAAUAAUGGUUCAAAUUCCAAUCUACAUUCAAGGGGUGAACCCCCGACAUCGACAAGACCUGAUCCACGAAGUAGCGGUUUACAGUGUACACACUGUAGAAUUACUUUUCCAGAUCAGACGUUGUACUUUCUUCACAAAGGUUGUCACAGUGAGAGCAAUCCAUGGAAGUGCAAUAUAUGUGGUGAGCAGUGCUGUAACUUGUACCAAUUUAAUUCGCAUUUAUUGAGCAAAAGUCAUCAGUAGCAGCGAACAAAAAGUAUGCAAUGGCAUAUCAUUUUUCACUCUUUAUUUAAAACCAUCUUAUCCAGAAAGGGUACGUAGAAUUAUAUGUCAAAUAAUAUCCGUAUAUGAAUAUGCGCCGGGAAAAUAUAAAUAUAUAUAUAUAUAUAUAUAUAUAUAUAUAUAUACAUAUAUAUAUGUAUAUAUAUGUUAUUUUAAAAUAUAAAAUAUAUAUAUUUUAAUAUAUAUAUUUAUAUUUUCAAACAUUCAGAUAUAAAAACUCGAUCCCCAACGAACUACUUUUAACAAGUACAUACACAUACAUACAUAUAGAUAUAUAUAUAUUUAUCCUGAUAUGUAGUAAUUUAAAAUUGUGAAUUUUGGUAAUAGCCAUGUGCUGCCUUCCCCUUAAAAAUUCUGCGCGUAAUGGGAAGAUUUGUGCCUUUUUUCAAAUUUGCCGAUUUUUACUCGUCCAUCAUAUUGUCAUCAUGCGAACGAUCCGUCCAUAGAGCUUUACAGAAUUAUUCCAAGCUCUAUUAGUAGUAUUUACUUAGAUAUAUAUAUAUAUAUAUAGUUAUAUUGAAUAAGUUACAUAAAACUAGAACCAUGAAUAUCUCGGUUACUUUUUAUUAUAUCAAAUAUUUCUGGGGAAAAAAAUAUAGUUGGAUUAUACAGAGGUUAAUAUUGUUAGGAUGAGAACUUUUACCUGAAAGUCAUAUUUUGUAAAGUUUCAAUUCGAUUGUCGAUUUAAAUUUGUACCAUUGUAAUCACUGUAAAAUAUUAACUCUUUUGUAUCUAACAUAUUUUUCGAGAGAAAUUUCUUUUUUAUAAUUCAAACUAAUUGAGAUAUUUGAGUUUUCAAUUUUAGCUGACUCAUUCGAUAUAUCUAUAGAUAAAAACAUUGGAAUAGUCUUAGACUUUUUCAAAGAUAAACAGAGUUAAAUAGAUAGAUUACAAAGAAAUAUGAGAAAAUUUCUAUUAGAUACCUUAUUCAGUUAUGCUCUUGAUAUGCGGCUUAAAUGCUUUGAAACAGACACGAUGUAUUUUUGAACUUACUUCUUAAUCGAGUUAUCCUCAAGUAUAUCCCAUAUACGAACGCGUAAUACAUUAAUAUAACAACAAUAACAACAAAAUAUAUAUAUAUAUAUUUAGUAUAUUAAACUCUGCCUUCUCUUGCACUUUCUUGCACACACGUUUCACAUGUCAGAAUGAACACGACAUCGGGUUAGUUAAAAGCAUUUGCCGUUUAUCCUACUAAUUCAUGGUGAUAUGUGGGUUUUAACAGGUGGACGAUAUACUUCACUAGCUAAACAUUUUAUUAGCGAGUCGAUGUGUAUUGCUGAUUCACCUGUUCACCUGUUUUAGGUAGGAAUGUUAUACAUCGGUACAGCCGAUAAUGAGGAUAACGUGUACAGGGCACAAGCCACCAGGCAUGUACUAUAUAAAAGGCAGGUUCGGAGAUUUGACCUUGACAUGAAAGGAAAAAAAAAGAAAGAAAGAAAAGAGUUUUUGCAAAUACGUAUUAUUUCACGAUAUAUGCACUACUUAGAACAGGGUCAUAUUCUCUGCUUUGCCUUUAUGUCGAAGAUUAUUUUAUAUAUAAAUAUUUGUACAGAAAUAAACAAAUUAUUAAGAGAAAAAUGCGAAAUGGAAAGGAAAUCUAAAUAGUGAUUACUACGUACAUGGCAUGCAUAAUUAAUAUUAUGCACAGAUAUAUAUAUUUAUAUAAGGAAAAGAAUAGAGACACAACUACACGUAUAUAUACACACAUACAGAGAGAGAUACACAACACUGCUGUAAAUGGUUGUAGUUAUUUAAUAAUUGUUCUGUAUAUCUCAACAUAGUAUUUAAUAUGAUCAAUAUUAUUUAUUAGCAUAUAAGUAAUUUAUUAUUGCUUUGCAUUCCAAGAGAUGAGGUAGUGUAUUAUUGUAAACAAAUGAUCAGCGUUAACGGUGCUUUUUCUCUAGAAAUUCAUUGGAUUAUCUUUGUAAAUUAAUAAUAAGCGCGUAAAGAAUCUUCGAAGUCAAAAAAAAUUAUUGGUAAAUAAUGUUUUUUUUUAAAGAAAAAAGAAACAAAAUAAUAUAAAUAUAUAUAGAGUUUUAUAUAUAUACAUAUAUAUAUACAUAUAUAUAUAUGUACAUAUAUAUAUAUAUGUAUAUGAAUUCAAGUUAUUAAAUUUGUUAAUUGCACUGUCAAUCUUUAUUAAAGCAUCAUUGACGUACAAAUUUUUUAGAUACCUUUACAACAUUGCGUGUUCAUCAUAUUAGUUCGUGAAUUUUUUAUGGUAUUGUGAAAAUAAGUGCCUGAUUUAAAUAAUUAUUUUUCUUGAAUUUGAUUAUUAAUUAAUUUGUCAUAAAACAAAAAAAGAAUGAAAAAGAUGCAAACCGAUUCUAACAUCGAUUUAAAAGAAUUAAAGAAAAGAUUCUUGUCUAAUCCCACAUUUAGAUAUAUAUAUAUAUAUAUGUAUAUAUAUGUAUGUUUAUAUAUAUAUAUAUAUGGACCAGAAGCGUGCCCGCAUUUACCACACGUGCUUAGAAUAGCAAUGCCUUUACAACUGUGAUCACGUUUACAAAGAAAAUAGUCUUAAACCUAGAAGAUAGACGUAAAGGUAUUUAGAAAUACGAAAAUAUGAUGAACACAAUUUCGAAUAAAAAGCCUUAGGUGCAACCCGCCCUCUGUCCCCCCUUAAUUUAUAUGAUAUAAAAUUAAAGUAUAUUUAAUUCUAUAAAAAUGGGAAAAAAAAUUAUAUUGUUGAUGUUACUACGGUGUAAUGGGUACAAUUUAAAUACAUAAUUCUUACAUGUAUAUAAGGAAUAGACCGGAAGACUCUCUCAUCA